AUGUCGCAACAUAACUACGGUCCGCAAUCUCGCGAUUACUCUGACGCGCGUGGUCGAUUACGAAGGCAACCCAGUCGGGGUGGAAGGAAUAGCAUGGGUCGAAGGCCCAGCACCGAUGGUCAGAACCCUCCUGCCGGUCGGAGGGAUAAUGCCAUGUCCCCGCCCAGCACAACUCCCGCGAAAGACAUCUCAGAACAAAGUCAGGCAAACGGCGUGCCUUCAACAACAGAUCACCAAAAGCCCCCUCCAUCACCUUCUCUUUCCUCGUCACAACCACCGUCACACAUUAAUCCAUCUCCCGCGCCUACUCCCACGCCGGCCCCUGCGCCGAUAGCUCAGGCGUCGGCUCCUCAGCCUCCUGCCGGGCCCCCGCCACCCUACGACUACGAAUAUGUUACACAGAACGCCAUCGACGAGUGGGCGACGACUGGAAAGAAGGAUCUUGUGGAAAAGGGUAUCCAAGUGAGAGACGCACAAGAUGCCGCCGCACUUGCUUCGAUAUACCAGGAACUCAUUCGGUCCGCCCUACACGGUCGUCUGCCACCGGAGGAAGCUGGAGCUGCAGUCAGGGAUGUCAUUGGCGAAGAUGUUGCCGCUGAGGAUGUUGAUAUGCAGAAUGAAGGACAAACACAAGCCAUCCUCGACACCCGCUCCUUAUUCCUGGACACUUUAUCCAUCCUCACCGAUUCCGACACUUCUAAUAGUGCCCUGAGGCCGCUCGUGUUCUCUACGAGGAUCAACCCCGCUCUCAUGCGCCUCCAACUCGACACUCAACUCCUUCAAUCCCUAGGACUUGUCCGAGAAACGUUCACACGCAUGGGUAUUCGCAAGCAGACGAACCUCCUUUAUCGGCAAUCGAACUACAACCUUCUGCGGGAAGAGUCUGAAGGAUACUCGAAAUUGCUUACAGAGCUGUUUACAACGAGUAACAACGAGCCCCCCUCCAGCGAAGUCGUCGAGGACACAUUUGAGAAGGUGAAGGCGAUGAUUGGCGCGUUUGAUAUGGAUGUAGGCCGUGUCCUUGAUGUUACUCUCGAUGUUUUUGCUGCUGUUCUUGUAAAGCAGUACCGUUUCUUCGUGAAGCUCCUGCGUGCUAGCUCCUGGUGGCCGAAAGAGGAUGCCUUCCGCACAGUCGAUGCGGGUAACCGUGAUUCUGGUCUACCCAACUGGGCUUUGCCUGGGUCUUCUGGGUGGGUAACUACCGACGAGGAACGUCUCGAAGCAAUGAAAGCGAACGAGCAACGAGAUCACGAGUUCUGGAAUAGAGUCAGAGAAAUCGGGAUCCGUGCUUUCUUUGAAAUCGGUCGCCGGCCUGUGUCCAAAGAAGAGCUACAGCGAAUUCUCCCGGAAAGCAACAGUCUCUCGGAAGAGGAAAAGGAAAUGCGGAAAUGGAUUGAGGAAACCGGAACACUACCUCCCAAGGGAAGUCGAGUAGCAGCACAGUUACUUGGUUUCAAGCUUCGUUUCUAUUCCUCCCGCGCUCGCGCCAAACAUGAUGUUCUUCCGGACAACCUCAUCUACCUUGCGGCUCUAUUGAUCAAAGUUGGUUUCAUUUCACUACGUGACCUGUAUCCGCACCUCUGGAGGCCGGAUGACUCCAUGGAUGCGCUCAAAGAAGAGAAGCUGAAGGAGAAGGCUGAUCGCGAACGGGCAGCACGGCCUGGUGGUGGCAUCAAUGCCUUGAUGAUGGCUGGUGCUCUAUCAGACGACACCCUACCCAUUCCACGCAUUCGCGAGUCUGAGACGCGAUCAGCGACUCCAGGAAAAGAUCAGGAAACGGACAAAUCUACAGGCGUAAAGGCAGAGGAGGACGAGCUUCCUGAACCUUCUGACCAGAAAGUGAUGCUUCUCAAGAGCCUACUCGCCAUUGGAGCUCUCCCCGAGUCUCUUUUCAUCCUCAGCAAAUUCCCCUGGCUUAUGGAUGUCUAUCCCGAACUCCCUGAAUUCAUUCACCGCAUCUUGCACCACUGUCUUGGCAAGGUCUAUUCUUCAUUGCGCCCAUUGCCCUCGGUGGACGCGCUCAAAGACCAAAAGCAAAUACUCAAUCAUGACCAGUCUGGCGUGCCAAAGGGACAAAUACGGCUGACGCAGGCGCCACCACGCCGAGUUCUUCGGUGGGCUCAGCUCGAUAAAGAAGAUACGAACGAUGGAACCGACUACAGGUUCUAUUGGGAUGAUUGGGCGGAUAAUGUUCCCAUUUGCCAGACUGUUGACGACGUCUUCGCAUUGUGUUCAUCAUUCCUUAAUCUGUCUGGUCAUAAGAUCGGCCAAGAUCCAAGCCUACUAACAAAAAUUGCAAGGAUCGGAAAGCACAGCAUGAGCAAAGAUCACUCGCCAGAGAACAGAGCUCGUUGGCAGGAUCUUUGCAAACGCCUCCUGGUUCCGUCGAUCAGUCUUACGAAGGCGAAUCCCGGUGUGGUGAAUGAGAUCUUCGACCUUAUCAGUUUCUUCCCUAGAGAGAUACGGUACAACAUGUAUGCCGAGUGGAACUCCGGCCAGACGUCCAGACUUCCUGACAUCAAGUCGGCAUUUGAUCAGGCGAAGGCGGAAACGAAAGAUGUUCUUAAGAGGCUCAGCAAAACGAAUAUUCGACCUAUGGCUCGUGCGUUGGCCAAGAUUGCCUACGCCAAUCCGGGCAUCGUUAUCAGUGUGGCCAUCAAUCAGAUUGAGUCUUACGAGAAUCUUAUCGAAGUCGUUGUGGAGUGUGCGCGCUACUUCACAUAUCUUGGGUACGAUAUCCUGACGUGGGUCAUGAUCAGCUCGCUGGGCCAGAAGGGACGAAGCCGCGUUCAGGAAGGCGGCUUGUUGACUAGUCGUUGGUUGAACGCCCUGGCGACAUUUGCAGGAAGGACUUUCAAGAGAUAUUCAGUGAUGGAUCCAACCCCGGUCUUGCAGUACGUCGUGGAUCAGCUUCGCCAGAACAAUUCAACGGAUUUGAUCAUCCUCGAGCAGAUGAUAAGUUCUAUGGCGGGAAUCAUCACAGACAACAAUUUCAACGAUGCGCAAAUCCAGGCCAUGGCAGGUGGCGAACUUUUACAAUCACAGACAAUCUUGCAGUUGUUGGAUAAGCGACACGAGUCAAAGACUACCUCGAGACGGCUUAUGAAGUCUCUCACUGUUUCAAAGCUUGCCGGACAAUUGCUCAUUGCCAUUGCCCAAGAACGACUGAUCUGCGUCUUCAGAGAAACAGAAGGCGCUUCAGAGCUCAAGCUCCUGGGAAACAUCUUCGAUGAGAUUCACCGUAUCCUUGUUCAGUACCUGGACCUGCUUCGCAGUAACUUGUCGGUCGAGGAGUUUGAUUCGUUCGUUCCCGACUUAGCUUCCCUCAUCAGCGAUUUCGGCAUCCAGCCCGAAGUAGCGUUCUGGAUUCGGCGCCCGAGUAUUGCGAAAAAGGUUGCAGAUAUAGAAAAGACGAUGCAGGAUGAAGAGUCAUCAAAGACCCCGGUCGCACUGGUGUCCAGUCGCGAGAGCGAAGAGACAUCGCCACCCAAGCCCGAAACUGACAAGAUGGAAACGACGGAAGAUGGGGAGGCGACCGUGACUGAAGGCGAACAGCCGUCAGAGAAUACCAUGGAUGUCGAUGCCGAAAAAGCCGAGACCGUGAACAACACCGACAAUAACGCUGCUACAGUAUCUACUGGGCCUGUCGCUGCCGAUGCGCCUGCUUUGAAUCCCGUCUUGCAAGAUCUCCAGGACCAAGUCAAGGCUGUGUUGAGUCCCGAGACAUGGGGCGUUGUCGGCUUACAGUUCUAUGUGACAUUCUGGCAGCUGUCUUUGUACGACGUGCAUAUACCCCAAAAAUCGUAUGAAGAUGAAAUUGAUCGGCAGAAGAGGAAGGUCAUGGCCAUCAGCAACGAUCGGUCCGAUAUCAGCAUGGCAGGGACGCAGAGAAAAGAGCGAGAGAAGAAGCAACUCACGCAGCUCCAAGAUCGGAUACUGGAAGAGAACAAGGCCCACUUGAAAGCCUACGGGCAAACAAGGACCAAACUACAGAAGGAAAAGGAUCGCUGGUUUGCGGGUAUGCGUGGGAAGCACGAUUCGUUGAAUGUUGCCCUUCUUGAGCAGUGCUUCCUACCGCGUCUCUUGUUGUCCCCCAUUGAUGCAUUCUACUGCUUCAAGAUGCUCAAAUUCUUGCAUACAACUGGAACUCCAAACUUCCGAACCGUCGGACUUCUGGAUCAGCUAUUUAGGGAGCAAAGACUUACCGCGCUGAUAUUCCAGUGCACAUCAAGAGAGGCAGAUAACCUGGGUCGUUUCUUGAAUGAGGUCUUACGCGACCUCGGUCGUUGGCAUGCCGACAAGGCCGUCUACGAGAAGGAAGCGUUUGGCACCAAGAAAGACCUUCCUGGAUUCGCCAAGAAUGUUGACUCGGAUGGGAAGCCAGCCAUUUAUCUGGAGUACGAAGAUUUCCGUCGGCUUUUGUACAAGUGGCACCGCCUCUUCUCCUCAGCUCUGAAGACGUGCUUGAACGGUGGGGAGUACAUGCACAUUCGUAACGCGAUCAGCGUGUUGAAGGCUGUUGUGCAGAACUUCCCCGCCGUGAACUGGAUAGGCCGGGACAUGUUAACCAGCAUGAACAGCUUGAGUCAGAACGACGAACGAGAUGAUGUCAAGAUUCCGGCUGCUUCUCUGAUUGGCGAUCUCAACCGGCGUGAGAAGAAAUGGUUGCUUCCUCAAGCGUUCAUGAGUGCAAGCCCGCCAGUUCCUGGCAGACCAGGUGCAGCAACAAAACCAACCACACCACGUCCAUCGUCUACAACACCCACCCCCUUGAAUGCUAGUGCUGUCGAGUUCAAGCCUACAACUACCAACGGGUCGCAAGGAGAGUCGAAACCCGAUUCGGGCGCGACGAAGGCCGAGGUUGAAGAUGGAGAGAUAGAGGAUGCAAAAAUGGCCGAUGUCCCGCUGGCUGAUCGGACAGCACAAAAGCCUUCGGACACAAAGGCUACGCCAUCUCAACGUGAUUCGCCUGCGGCUCAAAUUGCUGAAACACAAGCAUCCGCCAAUCGCGAGCAAACAUCAAGCGAGAAGGAUGUGACUUCAGCUCGCGGGGCUCAUCCAGAGGCGGACUUGCCUGCUCGGCCCCAGGCGCCAGCAUCACCCGCUGCGUCGCAAGCUACGUCGAGAAUCUCAGACUCAGGUAGACCGGCAAACGUACCGAAGCGCCCUGAACCGGAACGGGCACCAUCCAGUGCGCAGAACACCCGAGCACAAGCGCAGGGACCACACCGAUUCAACCGUGAAGACAAGUUACCCCCUCGGCCUGAUCUCUUAGAGGACCGCCGUGACAGACAUCAAGACUAUCCACGUGGUGGUCGCUUUGGCGGGGACCAUGACUAUCCUCGGCCAUUCGAUCCGGCCAUGGGUGAUGUGAGACCCUACCCCCGAAUUGACAGGGAGUACCCAAGGCAACCUAUGGACGAACCAUUCCGCAGCUUUCCUCACCGGGAUGGACGUCCGCCGCGUGAUGCGGACUGGCCGGAUCGGCCCGGCCGUCUACGGCCAGAUGUUCGGGAGGGACCAGCAAAUGUACGAUCUGUUCCUCCCACGCACCCCGAUCGCGCUGGUAUGAUAGACGACCACUCAGAAGGUUUUCGGAGGGGUGAAAGCGGACGACAAGAUAGAGACGACCGACGAAAUUUGCAACCACGAGCAUUGUCUCCUCCAAGAAUGGAACCAUUGGGCCGUCCGGAACGGUUCCCAGCCGAUGAUCGCCGUGCUGCCAAUUUUGCUCAGUCUCAUGCACGAAACGAGGAUAUGCCCACAGGGCCACGAAUGACCGGCAUUGACAUGAAUCAUGGCCGACUGCGUCAACCAGAGCCGCCUACGGACGUUCCGUCAGGCCCGAGAGGAAGAAACAAUGCUGGGCGUGGUGGCCGCAAUGCCGCCGGGUUACAGCAUUCUCAAGGACCACCUGCGUCCGGUGCAAUGGCUCCGACUGAACGCCAGCCUCCUAUUGGCCCGGGCCGGCAAGGCUUACGAAACGCACCAGAUCAGUCUACCACAACAGGGCCCCCGUCACCAGGCCCCGAGAAACUCGACACUAGCGGAAUCCACCCUGAUAGGUUGAAGGUCUUGCAGCAGCAGCCCCAAGAUAACUCAUACGGGGGCGGUCAACGCUCGCAUCAUGCGUCAUCUCCUGCAUCGAUUGUUCCCCCAUCUGGUCCACGCAGUGGACUAGGACCACCCUCUGGACCUGCAACCAUGCCACGUGGCCCGCCUUCAGGUCCCGGGUUUGGUGGUGAACGUGGCCGGGGAGACAAGCGAUUUGCUGGCAUCAACAAUAUGCUCCAGCAAUCCGGUGGGACGCCGGACCGUGGCCCUGGUCCGACGAUUCGAGGACGGGGUGCCAACCGACAGUCUGGUGCCAUGAAUGCACCAUCACCGCAAGCGGCCCGGCCUCCAACUCCCGGUGCGCAGGAGGAUGGUGGCCGCGGUGGCUCAGCAUCUCAAGGUCGCCCCGAUCUUCUGGCGGGUCGGUCUUCUGGCGCUCCCUACGGUGAAGAGGAUGGCCCUUCACGCAGCCGACCAGGAGGCAGUCGAGGAGAGCCUGCGGAGGAGUCCAGCGCGGAGAGCCGACGAAGCCAACGGUUCUCUUCGGGCACACACCCACAUGAUCGUGAACGGGAACGGGACCGCGAUCGGGAACGGCGUGGCGGCGAAGAGGAGGGAUCACGCAGUAGCAGUCGACGGGAAGAGCACCGAGACCGAAACCGGGAUUACGAGCGUGAACGGAGUCGCCGAAGCGACGCGGGUGGUGCACCGGGAGGGCCUCGGGAAGAACGGUAUGAGUCUCGCGAGGCAUCUCGACGUGGGCCUGGCGCACGUGAAGACAACCGGCGGCGGCGUGACCGGGAGGAGGGCUCGGACAUUGCCCCAAGUAAUCAGGAGCAUGAAGGCCGUCUUCGACCUCCGUCUUCUCUUGGCGGACAGGGUCCCCCACCACCUCCGCCGCCCCCGCUUGCUGGUGCUGAGGAUGACCGACGAUGGGUAGGUGGGCGCGAGCUGCGGGAUCGUGAUCGUGAGCGUAACCGGGAUCGUCCGCGUGAACGGGACUACCAUCGCGAGGGGGCGCCUAGUGGGCCUCACCGCAAGCGUAACCGACCUGGGGAUGAAGGAGGACAUGGCGAUGGUGGUGGGCGUGGAGGAAUGCGGAUGGGAAAUGAAUCCAAACGGCCCCGACGUGGCGCAUGA